UCUGACUCUUGAACUCCCGCCAAACAUCUUUGCUCCUACCAUCCUCUCUUUCCCUCUUUGUUCUUCUCUUUCUCUCUUUCUUUCCUUCUCUCUCUCUCACUCAGAUUAGAUGAAAUAGACGAAUCAAGCUCUCUGAAUUCUCUAUCUCGCUCUGUUUUCACAGAUUGGUUGGCUGGCACUAAGAAAAUUCGUUGGUUAUGGAGAAAGAUGGGAAGAGCAACCUUGAAGAAGUUGUGUCUAUUGAUUCAGAGGAAGAUACAACUCCAAAAAUUGGAGAAAAUGCAGACACUAAAGAAGAUAUAACUCCAAAAAUUGGAAUGGAGUUUGAUUCAGAGGAUGAGGCAUAUCUAUAUUAUAAUAUAUAUGCUGGAUAUGUUGGAUUCAGUAUUCGAAGAGAUUGGCUGAACAGAAGUAAGACAGAUAAAACAACUAUCAUAUCCCGCAAGUAUUGUUGUUUUAAAGCUGGUUACAAGAAGGAAGUUGCAUAUGAUGGAAAGAAAUCUAGAAUGGAAUUAAGAUGUGGUUGCGAAGCCCAAAUGGUUAUCAGUCGUCAAAAAAAUGGUAAAUAUCGUAUUACCCUUUUUGAAGCGAAACACAAUCAUGAAGUUGUAACUCCACGGAGUAAACAUAAAUUGCCAUCACAAAGGAAGAUAUCAGCUGCCCAAGCAGCUGAAGCUGAAUUAGCAAAUCGCUCUGGGAUUAGGCAAAAAUUAGUUUUUGAGUUCAUGAGUAAACAAGCUGGAGGUAGGGAAAAUCUUGGUUUUACUCUUAAAGAUAUUAGUAAUCAUUUACAAUCUAAACGGAUGAGGGAAAUGAAAGAGGGAGAAGCAUUUACCCUUAUUCAUUAUUUUGAGAUGAGAAAGUCUGAAAAUGCUUCAUUUUUCUAUGAGAUACAGUUGGAUGUUGAUGAUCAAAUAACUAAUAUAUUUUGGGCAGAUCCUAAAAUGGUUGUGGAUUAUGAUUUAUUUGGUGAUGUAGUUUGUUUUGAUACUACGUAUCGAACCAAUAAAAAUCGUCGUCCAUUGGCACCUAUAAUUGGAGUGAAUCAUCAUAGACAAACUGUGGUCUUUGGUGCUGCAUUGUUGUAUGAUGAAACAGCUGAAACUUUUUCAUGGUUAUUUCGAACCCUCUUAAAAGUGAUGUGUGGAAAGAAGCCGGUUACAAUUUUUACUGAUCAAGAUCCAGCAAUGGCUAAAGCAAUUGCAGAAGUGUUACCAGAAUCUCAUCAUCGUUUAUGCCGAUGGCAUAUAUAUCAAAAUGCUCUCAAAAAACUCAACAGUUAUUUUCAGAGUUCAAAUUCAUUUGCUGCAGAAUUUAAAAGUUGUAUGUGUGAUCAUGAGUAUGAGGAUGAUUUUUUUCAAGCAUGGGAAUCAAUGUUAGAUAAACAUGGUCUUCAAGAAAAUAGCUGGCUGAAAUUCAUUUUUGAAGUUAGAGAAAAAUGGGCGAUGGUAUAUGGUAGAAAUCAUUUUUGCGCAAAUAUGACGACCACACAAUUGAGUGAAAGCUUCAAUAGUCGCUUGAGACAUUAUCUAAAGUCAACCAAUAAUGUGCUGGAAUUUUUUAGUCAUUUUGAAAGGUUACUUGAAGACUUACGCCACAAUGAGUUAGAUUCCAAUUAUGACAUGAGCCAGCGUUUGCCAGUUUUGAGAGUGGAAGUGCUUUUGUUGAAGAACUCAAGGGAUGUUUACACACCCAAAAUCUUUAAUUUCUUUCAAGAAGAGUAUAAGAAGUCUUUGGACAUGGUUGUUAAUACAUGCUAUGAUAUUUCACCAUUGUUUGAGUACAAGGUUUGCAUGUAUGGGUGUACUCGAGAACAUAAGGUUAUCUUCAAUUCUACAGACCAAACAGUUGUUUGCAGCUGUAACAAAUUUGAGUUUGCUGGGUUUUUAUGUAGUCAUGCAUUAAAGGUGCUAGAUAUUCAAAAUAUAAAACUACUUCCUUCUCGAUACAUUUUGAAGCGGUGGACUAAGCAAGCGAGAGUUGGAUGUGUACUAGAUAGCUAUGGUUGCAUUGUGAAAGAAGAUCCUAAGUUGGAUAUAACAAAUCGGUACAAAGAUUUGUGCCGUAAUGCAGUUAACAUUGCAAGUAAGGCUGCUGAAACUGAAGAAGCAUCUGUGUUUUUAGCUAAGAAGAUGGUUGAAUUAAAUCUUGAUGUGGAAAGGAUUUUGAAAAAAAAAACAGAUUUACCUUCCAAUGAAAUUGGGAUGGAUCCUUCUCAUAAUGAACAUGUAGAUGUUGCAUCUGUCAUAUCAGCUUAUAAAGCAACUGGGAUUAAGAAAAAAAUAGGCACAUCUCGUGUUAAAGGUCGGCCUAAAAGUUUUAUUGAAAAAGGAUCAAGGAAAAGGAAACAUGCUUGUGGAGAAACUCCUGUGACAAGUUCUACUGUCAACAUCCCAGCUUCUUUAUCUGUUAACUAUACACAAGUAACACAGGCAUCAAGCAUUGCGUCUGAUUAUUCUGCAAGGGAUGGUAGUGCUGGUAUUCAUUAGAUUCCAUGGAUGUGUACUUAGUGUGGUGGUAGUAUCUACAGCUUACCAUUAACAAGACCAUUGUGUUCUGUAGCAUGGGCAAGGAGUUUAGCAUGCAAGAAGUUUAGUGUGGCUUUGGAUGAAUCAAUAAUUUUUUGGCAAGAGCAAGGAGUUUAGUGUGGCAGAUCACUGUGUUUUGUAGCAUGGACAAGGAGUUUUCUUGGCAGACCACUGUGUUCUUUAGCAUGUGAUCAAUAAUUUGUUUACUAAUUGCUACAAGUGACAUUACUUUGUUUUGUUGUCGCGUAUCAGUUUAUUUACCAAUGCGUGUUUUGGGUACUUUUAUUGUUAUAACUUAUCAAGUGUAACUUCUUUAAUAUUGGAUACUUUUUAUGGUCCAAAUUCAC